AUGCUGCGCCGUCUAGCCUCACUUAGUCACUCAGACCCCAACGAAAAUCCACACGAGCACAUGUCACCGCAGCCAGGAGAUGGUCCAUCAUCCCCAGAUACGUCCCGGCAGGGUGGUCUUGCCCAUGUUCUGCGGGGUCUAACAAGUUCCAAGCUCUCCAAGUCGUCGCCGUCAAUAGCAUCGCCUUCGUCUACGACCGCCGUGCCGACUGCUGAGUUCGUCCAUGCUCCCCCGGCAGCUUCGUCGAACCCACCUCAUGGGCUAUCUACCAGUCAUAUGGAAUCUUUCGAGCUUUUGAAAAACGGUUCUCCCAAUGAACGCAUUGCCGCCGCCAAUUCGCUGAGAUAUGCAAUUGCUGAAUACCCCCUAAAUCCUGUUCUGGAUAUUUGGUAUGCUGCAAAGGACCUCAUCGAUCCCGCAAAGCCUGCCUCGGCACGGACUGCCGGUUGGGAGCUUUUGACAGAAUGCGUGAAGCACGACGCUUCUUCCGAUCUCGAGCGUCAAGAGUAUUUCACGACGCUGUCAGCUCCUGCGAACCCUGAAGAUUUUCAUUUACAAUUGGCUGCUCUUGUGCACCUCACUCGACGGGGCCGUGUCUUGACAGGUUUUGAUUACGAGCUCAUUCCCCUGCUAACCAACUGGCUUUGGGAGUCUUACAAUGCAGUGCGCGUGGCUAGGAGGAAAGCGUCCAAGAGCUCAAAGGGUCCAUCUCGAAAUCGUAUCGUAGCUUCGGGCGAGGAAAAGAACCUGGCUCAGCUUUUCGGCUUUCUCGUCGACGUUAUCAAAUUCAGCUUCAACAAUGCAGACGCAUCGGCUGUAUCGGGAUUGAUUGACCGACUACUAGCAAUUUGCAUGAGUACUAGCGUGGAAGACGACCUCAGGUCAAGCAUAGCAGUCAUUGAUGCUAUUGUAACAUUUGGGUCUAUCCCGGAGGACAAACUAAAAGGUUGCGUUCAAGUCCUCGGCUCUAUAUAUUGCAUGGUAGGGGGCCUCCAGAAGGAUGCAUGGAACACGCUCUCAAAUCUCUUCAAGAGUCACAACGGACAGGCGACCAUCCGUAUCCUACUGGACAUUUUGCGAAAUAGCCCUUCGGAUGGUGCCAAGGAGAAGGACGUGAAUAGGGAGAUACGUGGAGCUCUGGCUGUACUGCAGAAAGUCCUUUCCAAGAACCCAGAGAAUGGUUAUCCAAGUGUCCCCUUCGCGUUGUUGGCCGACGGACUCGCUAUUAUCGCAAGGACCGGCACCUCUAUCAAAACCUUGACUGCCAUUCUCCAGCUUUUGAAUGCUCUGUUUGACGAUGGAGAUGGAAACAUGCAUCGUCUGAUAGUCGACGAAGACUGGUCAGUUAUCCUGGAGGCUGCCGCAACUUGCUCCCGACGCGCCAUUCCAGGACUCCAUGAAUCCGACGGUCUUCGUAGCCCUGUCAGAGACGACAAACCCGAAGGAGGGCUGAGCCGUGAACUCAUUACUCUUAUUAAGAGGCUCGAUAUUCUCAUCAAUCAAAAAUCUGAUUUGUUUGUUCCGCGGGGAAGUGUCGUUUCGUUCCUCACCGAAGUUCAUCAGUUUCUUCCCGACGAGACCGCGUCUUCAGUUCUGAACUACUUUCAACAAUUCCGAUGCUGCUCGCCCUCAGAUCUCCAAUGGGAAGAGAAUCUGGCCUUGGUUCUCAAAGGCUUCUUCGGCAACAGAGAUCGGUCAUCUCAGAUCAGACUUCGGGCAUUGGAAACGAUUAUGGACGCUUAUGAAGUCGUAGAUCUAGUGGGCGAUGAUCCCGAAGAAAGCUUCAUUCCACAGCUGGCCAAGAGUGUCCUUCAAGAUGUUGCCGAAGAAAGUGACGUUAUCGUCCUUGAGGGCAUAAUGUCGCUCAUGGUCCCUGUUGUAGUGUCCUGUGACAUGGAACUAUUCGACUACAUCAUUGAUGCCUUGCGGAGCAUAGUAAUUGGUGAUCGACUAAAGUCGCCGAUUUCAUCAUCGACAUCUCCCAAUCCAUUCGCGCAAGCUAUCUCCGACGACCACAUGCCGCAACAAUCUCCCUCAAACGUGGUAGCCAAAGGCUAUGUCAAGAUGUUCGUCCAAACUAUGGACUUCGACACUGAGAAGUCUCUGAGGUUAUAUCAUGCGCUGAUCAACAUUGUUAAAUCGAGUCAAUGUGAAGUCGAUGCUCGAUUGACGGCUAUGAAACUUUUGUUCAGACUUCGUGCUGACUGGGCUAACCGUGUCUUUAUUACAAAGACCCUCGAAACUAAUUUCGUUGCCCCGACCUUGUGUCGAACACCGGAAACCCGCGCGAAGAAGCAGGCCGAAGAAACUGCACAGUCUAUCCGACUACUACGGAAUGAGCAUGGCGGGUCGUCCAGGUCUGCUCGUGGUGUUUCGUUUAGUCAAGGUGAAAGGGGUAUGCCGAUGCGAUCUGCCAGUGUUGCUGCUGGGAGUGGCUUGAUGGGGAGUGCCGGUAAUCCGGCCAGAUAUCACCAGCUUUGGAGUCUCCCUGACCCUGAGGCUCUCCCUGAAUCUGUCACAGGCGUUUUCAGCCCCGUUCUAGUCUCCCACCGUCAUGAGACGGAAGGCGAGCAAACACGGGAGGACUCCGAAGAAUUGGAAACAAAAGAAACGACCGAAAAACAAGCAUGCGACGCUAGGACUGUCGCCCUCGACAUUGCUACCUGGCUAGAGGCGGUCUUGGGCCUUCUUCAUGGCAGCGAUUGGGAGGUUUACAGUUUUGCCCUUGUCCAUCUGCCGUCGCAGCUGAGCAAUCACGCCAUCUUUAGGGACGCCAUUCCGCAGAUACAAGAGCUUCGAAGACUUAUCUGUGAGCAGGUCAGAACCAACUCGUUUCAAGAGCCGCCCAACGCGUCCGGCUUGCGGCGGGCUGAUGUGGCGAUUUGUCUUUUCCACAGUCUGACCAUGAUACUGAGUUACCACGAUCACUUCCAGAAAGGAGACGAGGACGAGAUUGUCAAAACCUUCGUGCAUGGCAUUGCCACCUGGGAACGAAGUGCCAAAUGCUGCAUCCACGCGUUGUCUAUAUGUUGUCACGAGCUGCCGCUCUCAACAAGCAAAUCACUGGUUCAGCUGUUGACUAAGAUGUCUACCAUCAUCACACAACCCCACGUUUCGAUUCAUAUUCUCGAGUUUCUGGCCUGCCUCAGCCGUCUGCACCACGUAUAUGUAAAUUUCCGAGAAGAGGAGUACAAGAUUGUGUUUGGUAUAUGCAUUCGCUAUCUACAGUCGGUGAGGGACAGAAAAGGCUCCAACAGAAACAGCCAUGCGAGUGAGCCACCGACGCCAGCUGCCUCAUCAGCGAGUAUCUCGGACGCUGUACACCCAAGCGCAACAGAUGAUCUACCCCAAUAUGUUUAUGCACUGGCAUAUCACGUCAUUCUCUUUUGGUUCCUGGCAUUGAAACUGCCUGAUCGCGCCAACUUAGUUGGCUGGCUUGUCAGGAACAUUUAUAAUGAAGUCGAGGAUGGCAGCACCGAUAAUGAACAAGCACUCACCUCAAUCGAUUUUAUGCAAAGGUAUACAUAUGCCGAUGUGGAAGAGUCUUCUCAAGAUCCCCUCUUCACGUCUGAUCGAUUUGGCGAGAUUCUUAAGAAGCGUUGGUUAGUCGGAUACAGCAUCGUUACUGUACGGCAAGCAACAACGACAGGCUGGGCUCAGAUUGUCAAAAGACAACCUUCAGGCACCUCUGCAUUCACGAUUCGAGAGACAUUCGAUCCACCACCGCCACAUCAAACCCCCAACUAUGUCGACAUUAGCAGAGAGGGACAGGUUUCGACCAACACCAUCUUACCCAGCCACAUCAUGGUACAACUCAUGUCGUCCAUCCCGCAAGGCAAUGAUCUAGCACGACCUAUACCGCUUCCUGAAGAUGACACUGUUGACAGGGCUAUUCGUGUGUUUGAUCGAAGCUCAACCGUUGACGGUCACAAAGUUGGCGUGAUCUACAUAGGGGAAGGGCAGACCGACGAGGUUGAGAUUCUUGGCAACGUCUCUGGCAGCAGUGAUUACAUGGAGUUUCUCAAUAAUCUUGGAACUCUGACGAAGCUUAAAGGAGCAACCUUUAACACUCAUGGAUUGGAUCGGGAAUUCGAUACAGACGGCCAGUACACUUUCUGCUGGCGGGACCGUGUCACAGAAAUCGUAUUUCAUGUCACGACACAGAUGCCUACGAACAUGGAUCAUGACCCGCGGUGCACUAUGAAGAAACGACACAUUGGAAAUGAUUUUGUCAACAUCGUAUUCAACGACUCGGGCUUGCCUUUCAAGUUCGACACGUUCCCAGGCGACUUCAACUUCGUUCAUAUUGUCAUCACGCCAGCGUCCAGGGCCUCGUUUAUUGCUGCUAGAGAAACUUCAGAGCAUAGCCAGCCCUUUUAUCGCGUACAAGUUCUAAGCAAACCCGGCUUCCCUGAGAUAUCGCCGGCCUCGGAGAUGAAGAUCGUGUCGCUCAAAGCCCUACCAGGCUUGAUCCGCUUGUUAGCCCUCAAUGCCUCCGUGUUUUCCCAUGUCUGGGCAAAUCGCGAAGGUGGUGAGCACGUCAGCUCCUGGAGGAGUCGUCUACGUGCCAUCAAGAGACUCCGAGAGAAAUAUAUGCCUUCUAAAUCGGGGCAAGUCACACCUUCAGCCUCGCAGAGCUCUUCUCUAGGGGGCACGACCCCAGUCCAUCAGCAGCAGCAGCAGCUUCUACCGCAGAGUGAUGCGACUUCGUCGCGUCCGGCAAGUACCGUCCGCGAUAGUUUCACUAGCCUCCGUCGCACAAGCGUAGCCACCUUUUUCACCAGUACAAGUGAGCAGACCUCGCACCGAUCUUCAAUGUUAUCGUCCUCCACCACGACCAAUGACACUGAAAUCGGGACAUCACACGGACAGGACACACACACCGACACUGUUGACUUUUCCAAAUGGGCCUAA